UUACUUCACCUCACUUUUUUUUUUUUUCUUCUUCCAGGCACGGUUGCCCCCCACCUCGAACCCAACCGACCAAUCGUAAAGCUACUUUCACUUUAAUUGCCUAGGGCAAGAUUUGGGCUAUUUAAAUAGCUAGGAAAUAACGGACCGGGCCUUAGCAGGUAGUUCUGUCGAUAGACACAGUAUAUAUCUAUAUAUAUAUAUAUACUGUAUACAUAUAUACACGUAUAUAUAGUAUUUUGCUUCCAUUGAUCCAUACAGACCAGACGAAGAAGACUGGGGACUACGACAACCUCUCAGGUACAGUAACCGUAGACUAUGGGUGAAGCCUUCAAAUGGACGGCAACGGGGGUGAUCUUCCUAGCAUUUUUUUAUUGUGUUUAUGCAGCUCCUUUCCAAACCUCCCUAAAGUUGCCUAGAGACAGAGGGUGUUAUUAUCUAAUGAAGCAUUAUUCGAAUGGAGAAAGGAUCGAAACGAACGAGCCUUGCCUCAAUUGUACGUGUGCCAAUAGCAUGUUGAUGUGUUACUUGAGGAUCUGCCCUUUUGCUAAACCAUUAGGAUCCGAUUGUACUAUAGAAAGAGCGGAAGGAGAAUGUUGCCCCAGCGUUUGGUGUCCGGGAGAUGUUUCUCCCACUCCCCUUCCAACGACUACCGAGGAACCAAUGGGUUGUUUCUUCAACGGUGAAGCUUAUCCUGACGGUGCUCAGCUCCCACGGAAUCCUGAUAAACCAUGCGAAGUUUGUUAUUGUAUACGAAAUAGCAGCGCUUGCGUGAUGCAGGAAUGUGAACUGAAAGUGGAAGGUUGUACCCCCGUCUAUCGUGAACCUUCGUGUUGUCCCUCACGUUACAAUUGCUCUCGUUACGUAGCCACUACUCGACCCCCUGGACCCGCGCCUACGGAUAAACCAACGGGUUGCAUAGUCAAUGGUCACUUGUACGCCGAUGGGGAACGUGUUAAAUCUGAAGAUCCCUGUAAUCAUUGUUACUGUAUGAGAGAUUCGGUGGUGUGUGCCGUGGAGAAAUGUCACGCUCCGGGUGAAGGAUGUGUUCCGUUGUCGAAAUCGAAUGGACAAUGCUGUCCCGAUAGAUACGAUUGUCAAGGAAUGGAAGUGGUGGCCACUGACAUCACUACUGACGAGCCUCACGUCACUACGCCAAUUCACACUACAGCCAAGGAAGGAGAAACGGAAGUAUACACAGUUACGUCAGAAACUGAACAGGAACGAACGGAAACGGCAUCGAGGGAACAGCAGGCUACGUCAUUCGACAUUUUAAUUAGAGAAACGACACCGGAAGAAGAAGUGUCGACGGAUGAACACACUUUAUCACGCGAAGAAACGACAACAGAACUCCAAAUGACAUCAGAAUCGCGUUUAACAGAGAGGAAACAAGAAGAAACGAGCGAAACAAAAGCGAUAGAAACAACGACUAAAAUCGAAACGACAACCGAAUUAUUAACAGAAACAACAGAAAAGUCAGCCGAAAUUGAACAGGAAACAGAAUACACAAGUAAAGAAGAAACUUCGAGUACCCCCGUAACAACAACAACAACAACGCAAAAGACUCACGAAAAGGGAACAGCAGAAAUGCACGAAGGAGAAAGAAUUACGGAAUUCAUACCAGAAAUUACAGUAACACCAAAGAGCGAGGUUUACACUUUUACAGAAACAACAGUCACGAGUGAAAUUCCCGAAGAAACAGUUACUACAGAAGACGAAACAACAGUUACGACGUAUCCUACCACUCGAAAAUCCAUUCACGUAGGAACAAUACCGGGUGAAGGAAACUGCCAAUACGCUACGGGAAUCUACCAGAACGGUCAAUCCGUGCUGCCUGGACAUCCCUGUGAAAAGGACUGCAUAUGCAACAACAGUGUUGUAGCCUGCGAUAUUAUCGUAUGCGAGCCUAUCCCCGAGGACAGCACCAAUUGCAGGAUUAUUACUAAACAAGAAGAAUGUUGUCCCUAUUACGAGUGUGAUGCAACUACAGGCGAUGAUCUACCUCCAAGUAGAAAUCAAACUAAAGAAGAGAUUAUAACAACAACUACAACGGAACGUACCGUGUCAGAAAGUAUAGAGGACGAAGAAACUGUCACGGCAACAACAGGGGAAACGGCAGAGACGACAACAGUUGAAGAAAAAUCCACUGUUGUAGCGGAAACUGUGGAAGAAACAUCAGUAACCAGCCAACAGAUUGACGAACAACCAGAAUCUACCACCGAAGAAAAACUGGAAGAAGUGAAGAGCGUUACGCAAAGCCAAGUUACAGAUGUUACGGAGAAAAGCGUAACAGUGGAAGCAGUAACUGUCGAUAUAAAAUAUACCGAAGAAGACGUGGAUGCUGAAGUCCUAUCAACAUCAUCAUCCAGAGAGGUUCAAGAUACAACAACAGUAGGAACAAGUACGUCUACAGAGACAGAGGAGGAAGAGGAGGGAGAUUGUUACGUGGAUGGUGAAGUGUAUAAGGAUGGAGAGACCAUAAACAAGACAUCUAUUUGCGAGUAUUGUUACUGUGCAUCGGGUGACGUGCAGUGUCAUUGGCAAAUCUGUAAACCUCCUCGUCCCGAAUGUGUUCCUAGAGAAACUAAACAGGGUGACUGUUGCCCAGAAGAGUACGAUUGUCCUGAGGGUGAGAAGAUGACAACACUUGGAGGUAUAGUAGAAACAGUGUCGAUUAUACACGCUGUUACCGAAGAACCGAUUGAUGUUGAACACCAAGAAACAACAACAGAGCCUUCACUUAUUCUAGAAGAAGGGGCAACAACGAAGCUACAUUCGUUUCCUCUAGAGGAAGGACAAACGACAGAACAUUCGCCUGUUCCUGAGGAAAAGGAAACAACGAAGCUACAUUCACUUUCUCUAGAAGAAGAUCAAACAACAGAACGUUAUCCUCUUCCAGAAGAAGGGGCAACAACAAAACAACAUUCACUUUCUGUAGAGGAAGACCGAACAACAGAACAUUCGCCUCCCGUAGAAGAGAGAGAAACAACAACUCCUUCAAUGGAAGACCAAACAACAGAAGAAGAAGAAGAAGAAACAACAAAAUAUACAUUUUCUCCCGAAGAAAAGGAAACUGCAACAUCAUCUGAUACAUCGAUAAAAGAAGAAUCAGUUGAAACUGAAGGAUUAGUGACUGAAACUACACCAGAGACUCUACAAGAAAGAGAUAGAGUAAAGAUAACAGAACUACCUACGAUAGAAACAGAAGACACCGAAACAAAAGAAACGUUGUCUGUUUCAACUGACGAAACAGUAGAACAACACACGACAACUUCACAAGAAGUCGAAACAACAACACUACAAAAGGGUGAACCAGAGAUAAAAUUAUCCACUACAGGAAGUACAUCAGAAGCUGAAACGACAACACACGCUACAGAGGACACAGCAAGGAUUUCCGAAGCAACCGUAAUAGAAACAGUAUCCGUAGAGAGUGCAUCACCUAGUCGAGAGGAAAUUGUCAUAGAAACCACAUCCAAACCCGAAGAGGAGAGAUCCAGCGAUGAAGAAAUAUCAGAAACACCAAGGAUAACCACGACAGUAGGGAUCGAAACAACGGAGAUUGAAGAAUCUAUAAUUGGAAAGAUACCUGAAGAACAUCCAUCACCGGAUGCACAAUCGAGGGGUGGAACAAUAUCGACUACAGAAGGCAUUUCUGAUGAUUUGUCAACGUUAUCUUCGACAUCAAUCGUAUCCCAAGAUGUUACUGAAGUUGGGGAAAUUCUUUCGAAAGCUACAACACGAGAACAGAUAGAUUUAAUAGGGGAUCAGACUUCGUCGACAAGAGAUACGACCGAAAUUUCGACACCUUCCUCUACUGAUAAAGAAGAUAAAUCUCAUUCUGUGUUAAUUCCUAGCCCUACCUCAUUAAUAGCUGAGAUAGAGGUGCAUCCCGAGAGGGGUGUUCCUUCUACUGAAGUGAUAGUGGGGAGGGUUACGGAUCAAACAACAACAGAAGAGAGUUCUGUUGUUACUUUCGAAGCGAUUACGGGAGCAUCUCCAGAAAUUCAAGACAGAAGAACGGAACCCGUCACAAUCAUUGAAACGACGACUAUCUCCAGGGAGGAGGAGGAAGAGGAAACGAAGCACUCUGUAGAGGAAAAGACUACAACAGAAGUUCCUACUGUAAGUACUACAAAAUCUGAAACAUCAGCAUCAAAAGAUGGUGAUGAAACGACAGAAACGGUCAGAGAACAUAAGUUAUCAACUGAAAGAGAAGAAUUUGAGGAAGGUAAGGAGGAAUUAACAACAAUCAAAGCCUCGACAAUUGAGGAAUUCACACAGAAGAGUGAAAUUGAGUUGGAUUUAUCAACUAGUUCAGCUUUCGAAAAGACAGAAACAAGAACUACGGGGAAACAGUCCAUCACGGACGGUGCUUCACACACAGAAAGCGAACAAACGACAGAAGAAACAACGUCAGAAAUUACAAAAGAAUAUUCUGCUGUAACUGAAACUAGAUUUGAAGGUGUAGAAACAGAAGAAACAAAGAAAGAAACGGAAGUUACGAAAGGAACAACAGUCACUGUUGAAAGUGAAAGGACGGAGGAGGAGAUUAUAACAGAAGAGUCGACAUCGAUAUCAGCGGAAACGGAGGGAUCAACUCUUUCUGUUUUCUCAAAAGUAGAAGAAACAAGUCACACAGAAACGGAAACGGAAAGAAAGGAAGAAAUGGAGAAGACGGAAGUAACUCCAUCUUAUGUAGAAACCGAAAAGAGUGAGCUGACAACAGAAAUUAGUUUAUUAGAAUUAGGAAAAACUGGGGAGGAAACGGCAUCCACAGAAGUAACAGGAAAAGCGGAUGAGGUAGAAGCAGCAUCCACACAAGAAACUGGAAAGGUGGGUGAAGAAGCAGCAUCCACACAAGAAACUGAAAAGGAAAGUGAAGAAGUAUCAUCUACAGAAGAAACAGGAAAAACGGAAGAAACUGGAAAGGUGGAUGAGAAAGGAGUAGCCACGGAAGAAACUGGAAAGGUGGAUGAGGAAGGAGUAGCGACGGAAGAAACUGGAAAAACGGGUGAGGAAGAAGUAGCAUCCGCACAAGAAACUGGAAAGGAGGGCGAAGAAGCAGUAACCACAGAAGAAACUGGUAAAAUAGAUGAGGAAGCAGCAGCCACGGAAGAAACUGGAAAGGUGGGCGAGGAAGAAGUAGCCACAGAAGAAACUGGAAAGGUGGAUGAGGAAGGAGUAGCGACGGAAGAAACUGGAAAAGUGGGUGAGGAAGGAGUAGCAACGGAAGAAACUGGAAAAGUGGGUGAGGAAGAAGCAGCAUCCACAGAAGAAAUUGGAAAAGUGAGUGAGGAAGGAGUAGCCACAGAAGAAACUGUAAAGGUGGGCGAAGAAGGAGUAGCCACGGAAGAAACUGGAAAAGUGGAUGAGGAAGGAGUAGCCACGGAAGAAACUGGAAAGGUGGGUGAGGAAGGAGUAUCCACGGAAGAAAUUGGAAAGGUGGGUGAGGAAGGAGUAUCCACAGAAGAAACUGGAAAGGUGGAUGAGGAAGGAAUAGCCACGGAAGAAACUGGAAAGGUUGAUGAGGAAGAAGCAGCAUCCACAGAGGAAACUGGAAAAGUGGGUGAGGAAGGAGUAGCCACAGAAGAAACUGCAAAGAUGGAUGAGGAAGCAUCAAUCACACAAGAGACUGGAAAGGCAGGUGAGGAGACGGCAUCCACAGAAGAAACAAUCUAUACAGCAAGUGAGAAAAUUAAAGAACAGGAAGUGACGACAGAAACACCUGAUCACGAGCAUACUGAAGUCACAAAACAGAGAACCGAAACGACAACUAGAACAUCAGAUUAUAUAACAAGCACGGAAAGAGAAACUGAAGAGCAAGGAAUAAAAGAGGAAACGGAAGAGACACGUAAAACAGAAAGCACAGAAGAAACGGAAACUCAAACGACAGGUGUUCCAAUUCAUCUACAACCAGAAGUAACGAAAGAAGAAUCACAGACGACAGAAGAAACGCCAGUAUACGUUAAAAGUGAAGUAACAAAAGAAGAAACAGAGGUCACAGACAGUGUAAAACCCACAAGAGAAGAAUCACAAGCCACAGAAGGAACCACUGAAGAAGCGAAGGUGUCAGAAGUCACGGAAGGCGUUUCAACCGAAACAACAGAGGAAGAAUUUAGAGAAGGAGUAAAAAUUCACUUAGAAACAAAGGAACCAGAAACGACAGAAGCUGCUACUGUUGAAACUGAAACAGGAAAAACUGAGGAAACAAGAAGCGAAAGUACACAAACUUCCGUAAAAACAGAAGCAACAAGCGUUACAGAGAGUAUAUUAAUUUAUACAGAAACAGAAGAAACUAAAGAAGAUCUUUCAGCAGUUACUGGAGAAUCACUUCAUACAGAAGCUGAACACAUAAAAGAAGAGCAUGAAGAGACGGAAGGAACAACUAUUUAUAUAGAAACAGAGAGGACGAAGGGAGGAUUAGAUAUUACGGAAGAAACACCAGUUCGUACAGAUUCUACGACGACCGAAGAAACAGAAAAGGAAACAGAGGAGAUAGUCAAAGAAUCAGAAGUCGAAAUAAAAAAAGAAACAAUCAGUACAGUAUCGGAAACAGGUACGACUGAAGCGCAAACCGAAGUGGAAUCUGUGAAAUCAGAAACAGAAACAAAGGCAACUACAGAAACGGAAACAGAAACACAAACUUAUGUUCAUGAAGAUAUUGAAACGACACACGAAAAAGAAACCACAAUAAAGGUAGAAGAAACAAGCACAGAAGGUAUAGAAGAAUUGAAAACAAGUGAAGUCACAGAAGGUGUAAAAAGAGAAGAAACACACGAACAGACUACAGUUCACACACCUGCAGAAAGUACUGAGGAAACGGAAACAGAGUCAAAGGUAAGCGUAAGCACAGAAACUGCAGAAGAAGAAACGGAGAAAAGUACGCAAACAACUGCCGUUUCCUUAGAAACAGAAGCUAUUACAAAAAUUCCAAAAGAAACAUCUUUCGCUACCGAAAUUACAACCGAGAAGCAAUCGUUUUUCGAACUGACAGAAACAAGCGUAACUGAAACGGAAGUAACACGACAGGAAACGGAAAGCACACAAGAAGAAACGCGAACAACCGAAACUGAAACGGAAACACGGUCGACACCCACGCCCGUUCGACUAGAAACAGAACAAGAAGAGAGUGCCAAACCGGAAAUCGUUACAGAUAAGAUAACCGGAGAAACAGCAGAAGAACUGUUUACAGUCGAAAAAGUAGAAAUAUCCGAAGAGCCUACGACUCAAUCUUCGAUAGAAACAACAAGCAGCACUCAGAGGAUUCCAGUUUGGACGUCAAGUACAACAACGCCAAGUACAACUACCGAAGAAGAUUCCGAAGGAGAGACGAUAUUUGUACAGAAAGGAGCUUGCGUGUUUAACGGCAUCGUUUACCAAUCCGCGGAACAGAUCCCUCGAACGGACGCUUGCGAGUUCUGUUUCUGUUUCCGAGGUGAUAUUAUCUGUUUACACCAGGGUUGUCCACCCCCCAUGUCUCUGUGUUACGAAAGGGAAGUGCCAGGAUUCUGCUGCCCUCACUACGUUUGUCAUGCUACCAAACCGUUCUAUAACGUUUCCGACUAUACCUCGAGACAGAGUCGACUGGGGAAGAGAUCCCUACGGGUCACAGGUUGCCAAGCGGAAGGAAGGAUUUACAGCGUAGGAGAAGUGAUGAAACCCUUCUCCACUCCUUGCUUACAGUGCAAGUGUGACCGGAAUGGAUCCAUGUCGUGCGACCCCCAAAAAUGUCGCCCUCAGGAACCUCUUCUGCUCCGAAUGAACAAAGAAUUCUUCCGCAACCGAUAACAAUUUCUUAAGGGAUAUUUUUUAUAAUUUGGUUAUUUUUUUAAGAGCGAAAACACAGGAAAAACAAACAAACAACUCAGAUAUUUUCCCCACUUUCUGUUCCAUACAAUUUGUUUCACAGAAAAAAAAAACAACAAAUGUUUCUUCAGCCGGACUGGGUGAAACGAUACAAAAAAAAAAAA